ACCUGGGAUUUCCCCUCUUCCGCGCAUGCGCACAGCGUGCCUUUAGCGGUCAUGGGGAAAACUCCUCGAAGUGGGAAACACGCUUCUUCUUCAGGCGUCGCCUCAACGGCGGCGGCAGCUGGCGGAUCAUCCCACCACCAGAAGCAGAAGGUGUCCUCCACCAUCGCCACCAUGUUGAACGAGCUGUCCACUCUCGUUAGAGAGACUCAGAGCGAGAGGGAGGCGAGCGAAAACACACUGAGCAACACCGCAAAGACACACGACCGAAUGAAGAACGAGCAGAGAAUAUCCCCGUACUUCAAGCAGAAGCUGCAAGGACUCUACCAGACUGCACUGCAGGAUGCCAAGAGAGAGCUGGCGCAAGUGGAGCAAGCCCUGGACAAGGUGGCUGAGAUCAGACAAGAGAUAGGAGAGAAGCAAUCUCGGCCAGCUACACAACCUCUCAACUUUGAGGAUAUUCAGGCCAGAAAAUCGGGAAUGCGGAGAGGAAUGUUGAUGACAGUGUUACAGCAGUAUGCACAGGAGCAAGAUGUCUGGCGGGGAAAGCAAGGAGAGAGUAUUCCACCUCUUACUGGUGCCAUACCAGCUGAUGAGAAACACAAGUGUAAACCAGAGGACCAGGUGGCGGCGAGGGUUCGUACAGAGGACGGAGAGGAGCAGUGGAUCCUGGCCGAGGUCGUCUCUUACAACUCCCACAAUCACCGCUACGUCGUUGACGAUAUUGACGAGGAGGGGCACAACGAGAAGAGGAGGUAUCAUGUGAGUAAGAGGAGGAUCAUUCCUCUGCCUCGGUAUAAGGUGGACCCCAAGGUCCACCCUCCGGCUCUCUUCAAACCUAAACAGCUGGUGCUGGCACUAUAUCCUCAGACUACUUGUUUCUACAGAGCAGUCAUCCACCAGCAACCAGUUGAUAUCUCCAAUGAAUACUCGGUGUUGUUUGAGGACACUACCUACACAGAUGGUUACUCCCCUCCACUGGAGGUACCCCAGAGAUAUGUACUGCCUGUCAGAGAGACGCGGAAAAAGUAGACUCUUUUUGUGCAUUUCACAUCUUUGCUCACUCUAGUCUAAGGAUGGUUGGGUUUUGUUUUUCCAUCAUGUGUAUAUUUACUGCACACUCAAAAAUAAUUCACGCCCUAACUCAGUUUUGGUCACUACACAGUAACUUGUUCUGUGGUGCUAUUGGCACUGCUUGCGUCGCUAUCCUCAACGUAUCGUUCCUCCAAGUCGCCCCAGUCCCCGUUUCCUUCACCACGUGGUAGGCAACCCUCCCACCCACUAUGGGUGCACCCAGCGUGGCUAGGAACGGGAUGGUUGCGAGCAACCCGAGAGCCUUGGCCGUGCUCUCUGAUUCUUUAGCUUUAGCUGCCAUUCCACCGGUGGAUAGGACUGGAGCCAUCAUUGUGCCGUUGACGAACCCGAUUGCUGAUAGGGCAAUGCGAGCUAGUCUCCCUAGUCGAGUCCCAGACUUGAGCCCGCCUUCCUUCACCAGACUUUGGAUCUCCUGCCUUGCCUUGUGCGCCUCGUCAUUCCAUGACGCCACUUCAAACUCGUACCCCGUGUUUGUUUUUAGGUUCUUGACGAUGCACCAACGCUCAGACUUGGUUUCGACUUCCUCCCACUUUUUGUUUUCCAAUCUGUACUUGACGAUGUACUUCUUGGCUGCUUGUGGGUGGAUGGCGGGCUCUUUCCACUGGAGUUUGAUCCUGUCCGUUGCUUUUCCGACAACUUUCAAUUUUUUCGGAGGGCCUGGAAUGGCUUGCAUGGACUCCUUGAUUUGUUCCAAGUGUUCGUUUCUGCGUGCAUAGACCUUGUCUCUGGCUGGGCCUUUUGCACCAUCUCCGUAGUCUCCUUUGAGUCUCUCUAUGCUACUACAGAGCUCAACAGCCACUUCCGCGUUGUACUUGUUGAGAGCCUUUGCUGAUUUUGUCAUGACUUCAUGUUCUUUAAGAAGUUUGUCCCACAAUUCUUCACACUGCUUGUCGGAUUCUCUGUAGUUGUCUGUUGUAAACUGAAGCAGUUUCCCUGACUUGACCCCCUCCAUUGUAUCCAUCCCUCCUUCCCCCUCUUCCACAAUGGCAUCCUUGAACCUCUUCAUCAUUGAUUUGUAGAGGUCGCCUUGUUCCACUGGUGGAUCAUCUGGUCCAGGCUGGGGGAUUAUCUGCCGCAUCUUUUCACUGAGUUUAUCUCUCUUUGCAUCAAAGACCACCCAGUGACAUCCUAUGAGGGUGGGCUUGUCGCUGUCUUCUUCAGGAAUCGAAUGCUCCAUUGGAAGGCUUCCUUCGACUUUUGCCGUCAUUUCCUCCACGUACAAGCCCACGGAUUUCUCCACCUCUUCUGCUAGCUUCAGCUCGAUAACCGCACCCCAGGCACCCUCCAGACUCGGCACCGACCCCUUCUCGUUGAGUGCAUUGAUGUACGUCUCUGCCAGCUCCGCCAGAACCUCUCCUGUGACUCUGAUACCCUCCCCGAACCCCACCUUGGGUCUAACACUGGCCUUUAUCCCUCCCUCGCCGUUGAUGAGUUUCUCAGAUUCCUCUUUUGAACUCCUCACCGAUAUUCUUUUCCUCUUGCAGAGUAUUUCCAAGCUCCAGGUUUGGUGUUGGGAGGCUGACGCACAGCAGAGGUGGAGGGAAGAGGGUACGAAUCGCAGUGACAAUACUGUCGUAGUCCUUCUGCCCAGUUGGCUUGAGGACUUCUGCAUUCAGAUACUCAAUCAGUGGAGGGUCUUCCUCUUCGCGGAUGACAUCACGAAGUAACCACAUGAAGUGCGGAAAAUACUUUCGGAGCUCUGCUGGGUCACUUGCUCGUCCAUGGUCAUUGACCGUUAUGGCAGUAGAAAGGUGGGCAAAUGAGCUCAUGUUCUGCAAGUCGGCCAGUCCCGGGACAUUCUGGGAGUUGUAGAUGAGGAAGGAGCUGAGGAGGAUGGUUGCAACCAGGAGUUUGGUGGUGAAGGACUCGGGCCCCUCUCCCUCCACGGCACCGAUGCCCUCAGUGUCCAACACCAACAGCACGAACUCGUCGCACUCGAGAGCCGUGGUCGACAGCCAGAUACCCCGCGUGCACGCCUCCAUCGUGUGGCCCAGCAUGAACGUCCCCCGGCGUCUCCACCACACGAGAGAUGAAGAACGAC